AUGCCUUCCAGAAUCUCAGUCAGCGUGCUUAUAGCCGCUCUUGCCUCAUCUGUGGCUGCGCAAGAUCCAUUCUACAUGUGUACCGAAAACACCUGUGAGCAGUGUCCAUCUGCUGUCGCCAGUGCUGGAACCGGUUACCCAGAAUGCGUCGUCUACAACUCGGAAGAUGUUUUCGCCAAUCAAGGGUACCAGGGUACGGAGGGAGGUGGCUACUCAGUCUUCUUCGAUGUGCAAGCACAUGAGCCAGGCUGUGCUACAAUCAUCAAGACACCUGCCGGUACAGAUCUCGCAGGCUGUGGUGUUGCCAUUGGUGCUUUCAAGCAGCCGGCAUGUGUCGCCUUGGCGAUGGAGUCAUCUUUUAUGGUUCAGACUUGCUGUGGUACCGACUGUGACAGUGCUGGAGCAAAGAUGAUCCGCGGACUCGGUGGUGCUCGCUCUGUAACUGUCGGUGCUCGCGGUGGUGUAUACCUGAAGCAUGCCAACGGUACGAUUAUUGAGCCUGCUGAGGUUGGCCCUCCACCAGAGCUCCAGGGAGCGAAGCAUCAGACACGUAGUAUCCUGUCCAAGCGUGACUGCACCAAGAACAGCUGGCAAGGAGGCGAGGUUCUCACAAAGCCUGCAGACAACGUGCAGAUUGUCUAUGACCAGGAAGUCCAAGGCGGCAGUGGAGGAACUUCAGUCGCGAUCACUAAAGAACGUACGCAACAGUGGUCCACCUCGAUGAGUUUAGGCAUUGCCGAUAUUCUUAGUCUUGGUGUCAGCACAGAGUUUACUGAGUCCGAAAGCACAUCUAAACAAGUGAUGUUCUCAGUACCUGCAGGUCAAUCUGGUAAGGUCGGCUGGACGGCUACCAUGAACUGUAGCACAGGAAAGGGCCAGUGCGAUGAUGGCGAGGUUGAAGGAGAGGUCUGCUGGCCUAUCAAGAACGGUGAUGAUAUCGUUGGCACUUAUCGCGUUAUUGCCAGUUCCUAG